AUGCUAAGGCAGUGGGUUUUGCCUUUAGCAUUUCAUUAUCAAAAAUAUCAGGCAGUGGAAAAAUGCCAAAGUUGUUCUGUUGUUUUACAAGAUGCUUUAAAUGAGAAAACCAAAACUUGGGUAGUAAUAUCUUUUAAA